GCGGCGCCACUUCGCCGCUCCCGCCCUCGGAGUCCUGAGGGAGCUCCCGGCGGACGAGCGGACCCGGCGGCGCGAAUCUGACUGAGGGGCGGGGACGCCGCCUGCUCCUCUCCGCUCCCCCGGGCCGGGCCGGCCCCUCGGACAGCCGCAGGCCCGGGACCCGCGCCCAGACCCGAAGCCGGAGCUAGAGGCGGGUGGUGGGCCCGGGCGGAGCCCCGCCUGGAGCCGUCGGUUCGGGGGCGGCGCUAGGCCCCGAGGCGGCCGGGCCGCAGCGCGGGGAGCGGCAGUGCGGCCCGGAGGCGGCGGCAUGAGCCGGCCCGCGCCGACGGGGAAAAUGCCCGGCGCCCCCGAGGCCGUGCCGGGGGACGGGGCGGGCGCGAGCCGCCAGAGGAAGCUGGAGGCGCUGAUCCGAGACCCGCGCUCGCCCAUCAACGUGGAGAGCCUGCUGGAUGGCUUAAAUUCCUUGGUCCUUGAUUUGGAUUUCCCUGCUUUGAGGAAAAACAAGAAUAUAGAUAAUUUCUUAAAUAGAUAUGAGAAAAUUGUGAAAAAAAUCAGAGGUCUACAGAUGAAAGCAGAAGACUAUGAUGUUGUAAAAGUUAUUGGAAGAGGUGCUUUUGGUGAAGUCCAGUUGGUUCGUCACAAGGCAUCACAGAAGGUUUAUGCUAUGAAGCUUCUUAGUAAGUUUGAAAUGAUAAAGAGAUCAGAUUCUGCUUUUUUCUGGGAAGAAAGAGAUAUUAUGGCCUUUGCCAACAGUCCCUGGGUGGUUCAGCUCUUUUGUGCCUUUCAAGAUGAUAAAUAUCUGUACAUGGUAAUGGAGUACAUGCCUGGUGGAGACCUUGUAAACCUUAUGAGUAACUAUGAUGUACCUGAAAAAUGGGCCAAAUUUUAUACUGCUGAAGUUGUUCUUGCUCUGGAUGCCAUACACUCCAUGGGUUUAAUUCACAGAGAUGUGAAACCUGACAACAUGCUCUUGGAUAAACAUGGACAUCUAAAAUUAGCAGAUUUUGGCACAUGUAUGAAGAUGGAUGAAACAGGCAUGGUACAUUGUGAUACAGCAGUUGGAACACCUGAUUAUAUAUCACCUGAGGUUCUGAAAUCACAAGGGGGUGAUGGUUACUAUGGGCGAGAAUGUGAUUGGUGGUCUGUGGGUGUUUUCCUUUUUGAGAUGCUAGUGGGGGAUACUCCAUUUUAUGCAGAUUCACUUGUAGGAACAUACAGCAAAAUUAUGGAUCAUAAAAACUCACUAUGUUUCCCUGAAGAUGCAGAAAUUUCUAAACAUGCGAAGAAUCUCAUCUGUGCCUUCUUAACAGAUAGGGAGGUACGACUUGGGAGAAAUGGGGUAGAAGAAAUCAAACAACAUCCUUUCUUUAAGAAUGAUCAAUGGAAUUGGGAUAACAUAAGAGAGACGGCAGCUCCUGUAGUACCUGAGCUCAGCAGUGACAUAGACAGCAGCAAUUUUGAUGACAUUGAAGAUGAUAAAGGAGAUGUAGAAACCUUCCCAAUUCCUAAAGCGUUUGUGGGAAAUCAGCUGCCUUUUAUAGGAUUUACCUACUACAGAGAAAAUUUGUUAUUAAGUGACUCUCCAUCUUGUAGAGAAAAUGAUUCAGUACAAUCAAGGAAAAAUGAAGAGAGUCAAGAGAUUCAGAAAAAACUAUACACAUUAGAAGAACACCUUAGCACUGAGAUACAAGCCAAAGAGGAACUAGAGCAGAAGUGCAAAUCUGUUAAUACUCGCCUAGAGAAAGUAGCAAAGGAGCUAGAAGAAGAGAUUACCUUAAGGAAAAAUGUGGAAUCAGCAUUGAGACAAUUAGAAAGAGAAAAAGCACUUCUUCAGCACAAAAAUGCAGAAUAUCAGCGGAAAGCUGAUCAUGAAGCAGACAAGAAACGAAAUUUGGAAAAUGAUGUUAACAGUUUAAAAGAUCAACUUGAAGAUUUGAAGAAAAGAAAUCAGAACUCUCAAAUAUCCACUGAGAAAGUGAAUCAACUUCAGAGACAACUGGAUGAAACCAAUGCUUUGCUGCGAACAGAAUCUGAUACUGCAGCUCGGUUAAGAAAAACCCAGGCAGAAAAUUCAAAACAGAUUCAGCAGCUGGAAUCCAACAAUAGAGAACUACAAGAUAAAAAUUGCCUGCUGGAGACUGCCAAGUUAAAACUUGAAAAGGAAUUUAUCAAUCUUCAGUCAGUUCUAGAAUCUGAAAGGAGGGACCGAACCCAUGGAUCAGAGAUAAUUAAUGAUUUACAAGGUAGAAUAUCUGGCCUAGAAGAAGAUUUUAAGAGUGGCAAAAUCUUAUUAGCAAAAGUAGAGAUGGAGAAGAGACAACUACAGGAGAGAUUUACUGAUUUGGAAAAGGAAAAGAACAACAUGGAAAUAGAUAUGACAUACCAACUAAAAGUUAUACAGCAGAGCUUAGAACAAGAAGAAGCUGAACAUAAGGCUACAAAAGCGCGGCUGGCAGAUAAAAAUAAGAUUUAUGAAUCCAUUGAAGAAGCUAAAUCAGAAGCCAUGAAAGAAAUGGAGAAAAAGCUCUUGGAGGAAAGGACUUUAAAACAGAAAGUGGAGAACCUGUUGCUGGAAGCUGAGAAAAGAUGCUCUAUAUUAGACUGUGACUUCAAACAGUCACAGCAGAAAAUAAAUGAACUCCUUAAACAGAAAGAUGUGCUAAAUGAGGAUGUUAGAAACUUGACAUUAAAAAUAGAGCAGGAAACUCAGAAGCGCUGCCUCACACAAAAUGACUUGAAGAUGCAAACACAGCAAGUUAACACACUAAAGAUGUCAGAAAAGCAGUUAAAACAAGAGAAUAAUCAUCUCAUGGAAAUGAAAAUGAGCUUGGAAAAACAGAAUGCUGAACUUCGAAAAGAACGUCAAGAUGCAGAUGGGCAAAUGAAAGAGCUCCAAGAUCAGCUUGAAGCAGAGCAGUAUUUCUCAACCCUUUAUAAAACACAGGUUAGGGAACUUAAAGAAGAAUGUGAAGAAAAGACCAAACUUUGUAAAGAAUUACAGCAGAAGAAACAGGAAUUACAGGAUGAAAGAGACUCCUUGGCAGCUCAACUGGAGAUCACCUUGACCAAAGCAGAUUCUGAGCAGCUGGCUCGUUCAAUUGCUGAAGAACAAUAUUCUGAUUUGGAAAAAGAGAAAAUCAUGAAAGAGCUGGAGAUCAAAGAGAUGAUGGCUAGACACAAACAGGAACUCACUGAAAAAGAUGCUACAAUUGCAUCUCUUGAAGAAACUAAUAGGACACUAACUAGUGAUGUUGCCAAUCUUGCAAAUGAGAAAGAAGAAUUAAAUAACAAAUUGAAAGAUGCCCAAGAGCAACUGUCAAGGUUGAAAGAUGAAGAGAUAAGUGCAGCAGCUAUCAAAGCACAAUUUGAGAAGCAACUGUUAACAGAGAGAACACUCAAAACUCAAGCUGUGAAUAAGUUGGCUGAAAUCAUGAAUCGAAAAGAACCUGUCAAGCGUGGUAGUGACACAGAUGUGCGGAGAAAAGAGAAGGAGAAUAGAAAGCUUCAUAUGGAGCUUAAAUCUGAACGUGAAAAGUUGACCCAGCAGAUGAUCAAGUAUCAGAAAGAACUGAAUGAGAUGCAGGCUCAAAUAGCUGAAGAGAGCCAGAUUCGAAUUGAACUGCAGAUGACACUGGACAGUAAAGACAGUGACAUUGAGCAGCUGCGGUCACAGCUCCAGGCCUUGCAUAUUGGUCUGGAUAGUUCCAGUAUAGGCAGUGGACCAGGGGAUGCUGAGGCAGAUGAUGGGUUUCCAGAAUCAAGACUAGAAGGAUGGCUUUCAUUGCCUGUGCGAAACAACACUAAGAAAUUUGGAUGGGUUAAAAAGUAUGUGAUUGUAAGCAGUAAGAAGAUUCUUUUCUAUGACAGUGAACAAGAUAAAGAACAAUCUAAUCCUUACAUGGUUUUAGAUAUAGACAAGUUAUUUCAUGUCCGACCAGUUACACAGACAGAUGUAUAUAGAGCAGAUGCUAAAGAAAUUCCAAGGAUAUUCCAGAUUCUGUACGCUAAUGAAGGAGAAAGUAAGAAGGAACAAGAAUUUCCAGUGGAGCCAGUGGGAGAAAAAUCAAAUUAUAUUUGCCACAAGGGACAUGAAUUUAUUCCUACUCUCUACCAUUUCCCAACCAACUGUGAGGCUUGUAUGAAGCCACUGUGGCAUAUGUUUAAACCUCCUCCUGCUUUAGAGUGUCGUCGCUGCCAUAUUAAAUGUCAUAAAGAUCACAUGGACAAAAAGGAGGAGAUUAUAGCACCUUGCAAAGUGUAUUAUGAUAUUUCAACGGCAAAGAAUCUAUUGUUAUUAGCAAAUUCUACAGAAGAGCAACAAAAGUGGGUUAGUAGGUUGGUGAAAAAGAUACCUAAAAAGCCUCCAGCUCCAGACCCUUUUGCACGGUCAUCUCCUAGAACUUCAAUGAAGAUACAACAAAACCAGUCUAUUAGGCGGCCAAGUCGACAGCUUGCCCCGAACAAACCAAGCUAACUGCCUUCUAUGAAUGCAGUCAUUAUUCAAGGUGAUCAUAUUCUUCCAGUUAAAACAAGACUGAAAUAUGAUGGCCCAAAAUUUAUUAAAAAGCUAUAUUUUCCUGAGAGACUGAUACACACACACACACACACACACACACACACACACACACACACACACACACAGACACGUUCCCUUUACUCCUGCAAUAUAAAUUAUAAAUCUUGGAGAGAUUUUCUGGGCUCCUUUGGAACAGCAAGUUGAACCAAUAGUGAUUGGUUAAUAGAGUAAGAAUAUCAUAUGCAACUCCUCCAAACUCGUUCCAUAAAGCUCUCUUGGCAGUCACUCACACUACAUUGCACAAAAGGAUUGAGAAGAGUUAAAGUUUAAAGAAAUCAUCUUUUCAGCUUCAACAGAGAGAUUUCACCAGCACAUUUACCAGAAGAAUCUGGGAAUGGAUUCCACUACAGUGAUAUAGACUGCAUCUUUAAGAAGUGACCAUUAUACUGUGUGUGUCUGUAUAUAUAUAUACAGACACACACACAUAUAUAUAGUACUGUAAUACUGCAAGAGGGUUUUUUUAAACUUCCCACUUUAUUUUUUUACACACAUUAAUCAGAUAUCAUUACUUACUGCAGUUGCGACUAUGCACUUGUAUAAAGCCAUGAUGUUGGAGUUUCUAUCAUUCAUUUGUGUACCUGAUGGAAGCUGCAUGUUCGUGUUUAGGCAGUUACUGUAACAAUAAGUUUGAAGUUAAUUAUAUCAGUUUCCUAAUGCUUCAUGAUAGGUAACUUUACCCAUUUUGAACGCCUUAAUUUAAUUUUUUUCAAAGUUUCAACCCUUUUCUGUAUUUUAAAAAAAGAACAAGUGUUUACCAGCUCAGAAUGCAAAUUUGCUUUGCAGAAGAAAAUUAGUGCACUAUUUUUACACAUAAUAGUUAUCAGUGUCAGCCUAUUUUGAUUGUAUAACAGAAUUUUUUUUAAGUAUUGGUGAUAGAAACAAUAAUGGAUAGUAUUGGAACUAAUAUAUCGUUUAUGUAUAUCUAUUAUUCAUCCAGCCCUUUUUACAGACCUCAGUAUUAGUGUGUGACUACAAAACGUUUCUUUGCUUUGAAUUUGCUGGCUACACUAGAUGUGUUUUUAUUUCUGGAAAAGACAUUUGUGACUAUUUUUACAUUUUCACACUCAAGAUUCAAAAAUUAUCUCAUAUAAAGAAAACUAAGACAUACUGUAGAUCUAUUUUAAAUAUUUAAAUGUGAGCCCUUAAACACACAACUGUGUAUGGCAAUAUUUCAGUAUUGGGUUAAGAAAACUGGUGACUGGGAAGAAGUGGCCUCAAAGGCACUUACCUUGAUUUUUAUUUUUUAAAUGCUGGUAAGUUACAGUUUAUGCAGGACCGUUCCUGCUGUAUUUCUCAUUAUCCCAGAAAAAUGUAUAUUUUAUACUGCUUCAGUAUGCAUCAAUGAUAAGCAUCAAGUAAAAAAAAUUAUGUAGUCUUUUAUCAGUCUCUCUUCAUAUACAUGCACAGAGUUUGGUAUGAUAUUGAAAUACAUUAUUAAUAUUUCAAUGAAGGAAGUAGACCUUUUUCAUUGAUUCCUUCUGGGAUCAGUGGAGAGAUAUUUAAAGAGUUAGGUCCCCAGUUAUAGAUACUAUUGUGGAAAUUGAAGAGUGGCCAUGGCCUACUGAUGUACUGAACGUGAAUCUUGUUGUUCUUACGUUAUCCAGUCUGCACUCUUUCAUGCUGUCUGUGCUAAAACUAGAUAUGCAUGCCAUUUCCCUUGCAGGUGUGUUCUGCAGUUCUGGUUUUGGGGCACAGCUGUUUUUUUUUUUUUAAGAUUAAAAAAUGAAAAUAUAUAAAAUUUAUAUAGAAUAAAUAUUUCCAUUCAUUAGACUUGUUCAAAGGAGACUGAAUUAAUAUUUUAUAUAAAGAUUUUGUUACACUAUGGGAGGUUCUAUCAUAUUAUCUGAAUUGGAGAGUAUAUAUAUAUAUUUUUAAUAAACUUUAUUAAGGUAAAAUAAUUGAAGUUUACACAUGAGUAAUUGAAAUAUUUGAGUAAAAAUGGCAAAAGUUUAAAUUUUGAAUGCUGUGUAUAUUAGGGAAAAUGGAGAAUCAUGGUGUGAUACAACUAUACAAGGAAAAUUAAUGUGAAGUUUUUUUGGGGGAAAAAGAUAUUCUAAGGGGUGAAAAAAAUCUCUCCCAUGGAGAUUCUUCACAUUAUAUAGUUUGACCUAAGGGUUUAUAAGGUUGUUUGUCCAACUAGUGGAAAUGCGCUUAAUAAAAAAUUCUGACCUUGGGUAAGAAUUUGCUUUUUACCCUGUUGCUUGUUUCAUGUACAUACAUGAGUGCAUGCACCUAUCCAAAUGUUCUCUUCCCAACCCUCAUUAAAUAUGAAAUGGACUUGGCUUAACAACCUGA